AUGCACAUGCACGAAAUUAAAAAAUUGGGGACAAUUUACCCAUCUCCGUCUCUCUCUCUCUCUCUCUCUCUCUCUCUCUCUCUCUCUCUCUCUCUCUCUCUCUCUGUCACGGCCGUUUCACCACAUAGUCUUCCACCGAGUCAUGUAUUCUUCUGCCGAGUCGCGUAUUCUUCCGCCGAGUCGUGUGUUCUUCCGCCGAGUCGCGUAUUCUUCCGCCGAGUCGUGUAUUCUUCCGCCGAGUCAUGUAUUCUACCACCGAGUCGUGUGUUCUUCCGCCGAGUCGUGUAUUCUUCCGCCGAGUCAUGUAUUCUUCCGCCGAGUCGUGUGUUCUUCCGCCGAGUCGUGUAUUCUUCCGUCGAGUCGUGUAUUCUUCCACCGAGUCAUGUAUUCUACCUCCGAAUCGUUUAUUCUUCCGUCGAGUCAUGUAUUCUUCCGCCGAGUCGUGUAUUCUACUCCCGAGCACGUAAUCUUCCGCCGAGUCGUGUAUUCCUCCGCCGAGUCGCGUAUUCUUCUGCCGCGCCGUUUGCGUCGUAUGUACGAGGCAAACGCCAUAAGUCAAAACAAGAUUAA